AUGACUUUCAAUUGCCAAAGUCUUAACAGUCAAAAAUACGAUUUACAAGAUUCCGUAACUAGACAAACAAAUGUAAUACUUCUAAGUGAAACUUGCAUGUCAAAUGAUUAUCCGAUCGACAUACCUAAUUUCAAUUGCAUCGUUCAUUUCAAACGAGAUACUGUUUCAAAGGGUGGGGUAGCAAUUUACCAAAAUAAUAAUGAUACUAUCAAUAAUAUGACUCCGAAUAUUGAUAUAAAUGUGGCAAAUGUUGUAGAUUUAAUGUUAGACACUCAUAUGUUGGAGAUAUUUGUGCGUGCUUAUGCUAACUUCAAAAUGGCCUAG